AGUAAGGAGUUGUCCCAUCUUCCCAGAGGGGCUCUCCACGGGACGGGUUGACUCGGUCUGGAGGAGAGAGAGGGGCUAUGUGGGGCGUCCGCCCUUCCGGGGAAAGGGGCUCGACGGCGGGGGCGUGGUCGCAGGGUGGGGCCCCAUCCUCCUCGCGCUCCCCCGCAACGCGGGCCGGCAGGGGCGGGGACGGAGGCGGUGGGCGCCCAUGGCCGGCCCACAAUGAGGACAGCGGGCCGCGGUGAGUAAGCGGCGGCCGGCCGGGCCGGGCCACGCGGGGCGGAGGCUGCGCGGGCAGGUCGGGGCAGGCUGGCCGGGCGGGGUCGGGAGCCGAGUCCGCAGCCCUAGUCGCGCCGGAGCCGAGCGAGGACACCGAGGCCCCGCCCCGGCCGCCGGUGGCGCCCCGACCUCCGAGCGGCGCCGCAGACACAGCCGGAAACUGGCCCCGCCGGAGCCCGAGCGCCAGCCUAGUGCCACCUGACCCCGAGUGGGAGCCACACGAACCGCAGCCCGAGUCCGAGUCCCAGUCCGGGCCGUCCGAGCCCGGCCUGCCAUGGCGGGGCCGCGGGGCGCGCUCCUGGCCUGGUGUCGCCGCCAGUGCGAGGGCUACCGCGGCGUGGACAUCCGCGACCUGAGCAGCUCCUUCCGGGACGGCCUGGCUUUCUGCGCCAUCCUGCACCGGCACCGGCCCGACCUGCUUGACUUCCAAUCUCUCUCCAAGGAAAAUGUCUUCGAGAAUAACCGAUUGGCCUUUGAAGUGGCUGAAAAGGAACUGGGCAUCCCUGCUCUCCUGGACCCCAAUGACAUGGUCUCCAUGAGUGUCCCUGACUGUCUCAGCAUCAUGACUUAUGUGUCCCAGUACUACAACCACUUCACCAGUUCUGGCCAAGCUGCUGCCUCACCACCCAAACCAGGAAAGGACCCAGCAGCCCCCUCCCCCACAUCCACAUCACCUGCUGUGCAGCCAGGAGAGGAGGCUCAGGGUGAUGACCUCUCCCCAGACAGCCUGUCCGAGCAGGGCAAACCGCAGCCCCCCAGCAGUGCAUGCGCAGCCUGUGGGCAGAGGGUGCACCUGGUGCAGCGGUACUUGGCGGAGGGCAGGCUCUACCACCGGCACUGCUUCCGAUGUCGGCAGUGCUCCAGCACGUUGGUCCCAGGCUCUUACAGUAGUGGGCCCGAGGAAGGCACCUUUGUGUGUGCAGAACGCUGCACCAGGCUGGGGCUGGGAGGCCGGUCAGGAACUAGGCCCCUUUCACUGCAAAAGCAACAGCCGGCGGCGGCAGCAGAAGCCAAGGAUGGAGAGGAUAGUGACCUGAGCAAGAGCGUGGUUGUGGUGGCCGCUGAGGCAGAUGGGCUCCAGGCCAGCUCUGAGGUACAGCCCCACACCCUGACCAAGCCACCUCUUCCCAGCAAGCCCCAGGACCUGGCCAGUCCCCCUGUUAGCAGGCCCACACCUGCCCCCAGGAAGGCUUCUGAGAGUUCAGCCUUAACGCCUCCAACACCGCGGCCUCGGUCUAGCCUACAGCAAGAUGGCAUGGUGGAGCAGAGUGUCAGCGGUGACCUUGUUAACGGAAGACUACAGGAACUGCCUGUUCCCAAGCCAAGAGGGACACCCAAGCUGUCAGAGAGGAUGACAGCACCAAGGAAGGACCCCCCCUGGAUCACAUUGGUACAGACAGAGCCAAAGAAGAAGCCAGCCCCACUGCCCCCCAGCAGUGGUCCUGGGCCACUGAGUCAGGCCAGCAGGCAGGUGGAGAACGGAGGCCUGGAGGAAAAGACCCAGAAAAGCCCAGCAGCUGAGCCAGAGCCCAAGCCCUACAACCCCUUUGAGGAGGAAGAGGAAGAAGAAGAAGCGUCUGUCCCAGCAGUACCCAGCCCUGCCCCAGCCCCACCAGAGACCACCCCCAAGUCCCUGCACCCCUGGUACAACAUCACCCCCACCAGCAGCCCCAAGACAAAGAAGCGCCCUGCCCCCAAAGCACCCAGUGCUUCCCCACUUGUUCUCCACGCCUCCCGCCUAUCACACUCAGAACCUCCUUCAGCAACGCCGUCACCAGCCCUCAGUGUGGAGAGUCUGUCAUCCGAGAGUUCCAGUCACACUGCCAAUACAGAGCCUUCGGAGCCACCUGCCGUGCCUAAGAGCUCCUCGGAUCCUGCUGUGCACGUGCCUGGCACCCCUGGCACAUCUGCGAACUCUGUCACCCCCUCAGCCCACUCUUCCCUAUCGUCUUCUGGGGAGCUAGGGCAGCCUAGUGGUGAACAAAUGCCACAGGCCAGGACAAGGGGCAGCCCAGGUACCCACUCCACCAAGCCCUUCAGUGGUGCCACCCCCACGCCCUUCUUGUUGGCUGGAGAUCAGAAGAGCCCUGCACCUCCCAUGGGGAGCUCUUCACCACAGAUGCUGAUCAAGUCUUCCUGCAAGGAGAAUCCUUUCAACCGGAAACCAUCUCCCUCCACAUCUCCAACUGUAAGGAAGGCCACCAAAGGAGCCAAGCCUGUGAGGCCACCUGCCCCUGGACAUGGCUUUCCACUAAUCAAGCGCAAGGUCCAGGCUGACCAGUAUAUUCCUGAAGAGGACAUCUAUGGUGAGAUGGACAGUAUUGAGCGCCAGCUGGAUGCCCUGGAGCACAGCGGAGUUCUGUUGGAGGAGAAGCUGCGUGGUGGAGCCAAUGAAGGCAGCGAGGACGACAUGCUGGUGGACUGGUUCAAGCUCAUUCACGAGAAGCAUCUACUAGUGCGGCGAGAGUCGGAGCUCAUUUAUGUCUUCAAGCAGCAGAACCUGGAGCAGCGCCAGGCUGAUGUGGAGUUUGAACUCCGGUGCCUUCUCAAUAAGCCAGAGAAGGACUGGACAGACGACGAUCGGGCCAGAGAGAAGGUGCUGAUGCAGGAGCUCAUGACCCUCAUCGAACAGCGCGAUGCCAUUGUCAACUGCCUGGACGAGGACCGGCAGAGGGAAGAAGAGGAAGACAAGAUGUUGGAAACUAUGAUCAAGAAGAAAGAUUUCCAAAGAGAGGCAGAGUCUGACAGUAAGAAGAAGGGCAAGUUCAAGACCAUGAAGGUGCUGAAGCUUCUGGGAAACAAGCGAGAUGCCAAGAGCAAGGCCCCUACGGGCAAGAGCUGACAGCCAAGGAAGCUGCCUUCCUUUCCUCUCCUGGAUCCUGGAGGCCAGAGCAGCACUCUGCUGCCCCUGGACCUGCCAAGGGGGACAGUGACCUUGGGAAGGAGUCUCUGGGUGACCUUUGCCCUCCUCAGGGGUCUCCAGCUGGUCUGGGCUAAAGAUUUUUCCCUCUUCCCUGUGUCCCAGACAGCUGUGACUUUGCCCUGACUCCAGAUGCUGUGACGUGCCUGGGGACAAGCAGGGAUGCAGGCUCCAGGCAGAGGCAGUGGCUCUCCUUGUUGCUCUCUGAACCAGGCCAGAUGGGGUCGUCAUCAGUCCUGCUCACAGCAGGCCCUGGCUUAGGGCUUGCAUACCUUGCAGCAGGCCAGCAGCAAGGUUGGCUGCCUCGCUGCUUCCUUCCGCCCUGACCCUUGGCCCACCUUCCUGUCUAGUGCAGAUGCCCUUGAGACUCUGUCACCUCACCCUGGAGCUUUAUUUAUGAAGUCUCAAGUCCAGCCCUUGAGUGAGUGCUCUGUGUAGUGUCAGAAGGGAAUGGACUGAUGACAGUUGUUUCCUCCCCCUCAUCUCCCUCCAUCUGUGGAAAUCCUCAUCUACUACACAGGGACCUCUGCUGGCUGUGCUGGGGCCGUGACUCAGGUCAGCCUAGGAAGGUGUGCUUUGGCUGGAGGUUCUCUAAUUCAGGCUUUCUGCCCACUCUAUGCCCAGGGGAUGGGCCCAUUCCUUUUUUGUGGUUGGUGCAGCCUGUCUUUUCUGUUGUCUCUUCACUCUGAGGUCUGCUAGCCACUCACCACUGAGUGAAGUGAUGGGAUGCCUCUUUUUGCUGUGGACUGUGCUAGGCAGCUUAUGGUCCAAGCACUGUUCUUACACUCGCAGACUUCAGAGUUCCUCCCUCUGUGCAUCCUGGGAAGGAACUCACUAUAUCUCAGUUGCCGGUGCCCUACAGCCUUGGGCACAGCCACAUCUGUGCCCUCUUGCUUGUCUGAGCUGUCCACUCAGUUGAGAACCUGACCCAUGUAGCCUUUGGUGGUCUCUCCAGAUGCACCUGCUGUCCUAGAGCCAAGGCCACCACCUCAGAGGUCUUUCACAGGAGCCUUAUGACUCAGUUGCUAUAACCCAAGAGGGCUCUACCAGGCUGUUUCACUGUCAAGGAAAGUUCAUAUCUCAGUGGAACAGAACAACCUUUCUCAUAGUCACCUGUGUUCUGUGAGCAUGGGCCCAGGGUUGCCAGAUCUUGCCCAUUUUUUUCAGAAGAAACUCAGAAUCCAGUUCUCCUACAGGUGUAAGUUGUAAAUGUUGACAUCAAAGUUGAGUUUCUCAUUGUGGACUACACUUGUCCUGGGUUUUCCAUUGCGCUAGGCCUGUAAAUUUGAAAGCUUGUCCCUACUAAUUGAAUGCUCAUCUGCUGGCUACUGCAUAGACCAGUUUAUUCUAUGACAAGGACACAGGUCAUAUGUUCUAUUGGAAUUAUGGGGAACGUCCAGCAGGAGCAGGAAAUAUUUUCAUUUAUGGGAUAGGAAAAUGACAAUAUUGGUGAAGGUCAGGCUGCUCAGGGUCAACCGCCUAAAGGAAGGACACUGAUGUGCAGUGUACCACCUGGGAUGCAGGUGGUGCACCUGGUGGGGAGUGGGUGUACCAGCUGGGGAGCAGGUGGGGUGCCAAGUAUCGAGAAGGGCUGCUUUCCUUGUCAGGUGCUGCUUGACCUUCAGGCUGAGGCCUCAGGGGCCCUGGAAAGGAACUGUGGCAUCUGCCAGGGCCCUUUUGCAUAGGGCCUUCUCUUUUGCAUUUUUCCCAGUCUUUGGAUGCCAUCCCCGUGACCUUUGCCCUGAGUGGGCUGCUCUGCAGUUAAUUACUUGAGUAUCUUGGUGAACAUGAGUUUUCACACCGUAGUCCUGAAGGUUAGCACUGGUUGCAGGCUGCUUAUGAACCUUGUUAACCCUUUCUUCUGGAAAUUUGCAAACAGCCAUUAGACUCCACCUGUGCUGGACAGAUUCUGAAUCUGAACAAAUAAGCAGUACCCUGGGGAAACAAGGUGCACAUGUCACGGCCAAGUGAAAUGUGUUUAUUGGCCAGUUAAUCAUUGUGGUUAAACAUUUGCCUAAGACUACAAGGCGGCAAAGACUUAGAUCCUAAGGAAGGAAAGAAUCAUGUUCACUUUUAGGUUCAGAAAGGCAGAACAGAGCACCUGAGGCCAGCUGUGACAUCAGAAAAGCCGGAGAGAGGGUGCCCUCAGGCACACGUCCAAGGUGGUGAGCCUGAGCUUCACCAUGGUGUGCCUGGGCCUUUCCCUAGAAAGGCUUCAGUACAGUAGCUGGGACAUGGACAUCCCACUGAGGCUCUGCAUCCCUGGGCAGCGUCUAGGGUACUGUCUCAUGCCCCAGGACAGUGCCAUAUCAUGAUCUGGCAUGGCCUGUGUGGGUGGACAGGCCUGGGAGGUGACACUGCAGAGUGAAGGGCUCCAGUUCUGGCUGUUGUGCUAGGUUGGCAGUCUCACUGGGCGAGCCCGCCCUAGUCUUGGUCUAAGUGGUGGUGAGGGCCUUCCGAAGCUCCUUGCUCCUCCUGCGAUCAAUGUCCUCCAUUUCCCGGAGUUUCUGCAAAGAGCCGCCAGGAAGAGCUGUGGUCAUGGCAGGAUGCCUGAGAUGCCACCUAUCCUUGAGGCCUGGGUUCCUCCCAUUUGACUCUACUCUUCCCCUCUUUGGUGGCCUCUCCUACCUGGGAGAUUUCAGCCAGGAUGAUUCCUCGGUAUUGCUUGCCCUGUCCCAGAGCCUCCAUGGCAGCCAAGAAUUCUUUCCUGUCCUGGAUUUCCUUCACCACUGCACAGAGGGGAGGGGCCAUCAUGUGCACAGGGCAGUGUGACUAGAGUGCACAGGGUCUCAGGCAGUGCAUGGUCUCUGAGGGAGACUGGGUGUCUAUCAAGCCAUGUUGCUCUUGUUAGCCCCAGCAGUUCUACACCACACACUACACAACACACACACACACACACACACACACACACUAGCUCACGUUCGUCAAACCGGUCCAGCUCAGGAGCUGGGUCUUCUUGCUGCACGUGGGGAACCUUUUUCCGUUCCUCCAUGUCCUUCCCAGUGGCAAAGAUAUUUUGGAGUCUUCGUUUCUCCUUCUCCAGAUCUCCUGUGGGGCCCAGAAAUGAUCUUGCUAAGUAAGGUACAGAGCAAGGCCUGCUCCCUUGUUCCCAUUAGCGGCUGUGUGCACUGUGGGUAUCUGGGUUGUGAGGAGUGGGCCUCUCCAGAUCCCGCUCUUCACUGUCUGUUCCUGAGCAGAACUUGUUAGGCUAGCAGUGGAAACAACCAAGAAAAGGCACCAGUGCAAAGCUAAUGGGUAACCCAGAAACCAGGCCUCUGAAAUGACCUGUGUGUAGGAACUGUGGGGAUGUUAGUGGGUCUGGGCCAAAGGCAAUGUUAGAGGAGGAGGGGCUCCCCAAUGUGGCCUCAAAUGCAGGCAGAUGAACUUGAGGGAACAGGAGGAUAAGCAGCUCACAGCCACAUGUCCCUCUGGGAUUGGGAAAACUGGAUUAAUUUGAAGGAAGUUCUAGGAAGAUAAAGGGGGCCACCUGCCUGGUUUCCUGCCAGAGUUUGUUACUAGCUCGUUUGAAUGAUACUGUGUGUCCUGGGCUGAUGUGACCCCAGAAGAGAGCUCUACGGUCACCACUUACUGGUGGCCUGAGGCUUGAAUUGCUCACGACUGUAUGCCCCAUUGGCUUGACACAAGCUGGCGGGCCUGAGGUGAGUGUGGGUAGCCAGGAUGGGAGGCAGGUAGAUGGCUGCAGCUGAUUUCUUGGAGGGAGAGCCCCUCUGGCUGGAUGUCGGGUUGCACUGCAGGGGUAGAGGGGCUCCUCCUGGGAAAAAAAAAGAGCAAGUGGGAGCACCUGUUUGGCUUGCUUUCAGAGAAAUAAGGUAGCUGCCAGAAGCCAAACAGUGUAGACAGUCUCCAAAUCCGUCCAGGCCCGCUCCUCUGAAAGCUAUAGUAACAAUUAGGUGGUUGCUCCUUGUUCUUGAAGCUUCUAAAACAUCCAAGGAUUGAUCGUUUGGUAUGUACACAUACGGUUCUUACACUGGAUCAUACCCUAUGGUCAGUAACAGAUCCUUUCACUUAGCAAUUUAUCACGGCCAGCUUCCUGUAAGCACAUGCACAGGUAACUUAUUUUUCAUAGCUGUGUACUAGUUGUAAAAACGUUACAUUAUUUAUUCAGCUAGUCCACUUCUGGACAUUCUGGUUGUCCCUGGUAUUUUGUUUCUUUUUUGUUGGCUGGAUUUUUACUACUUCUGACAAUGCUGCAAUAAACAUUCUUAUACACUGAA